CCCGUUCGGAUCUGUCAAAAGUGAAAAAACAAGAUGGCGAUCGUGUUUGCAAAUCAAUCUGUGAUGUUUAGUUUUUCGUAGAAAAUUGUGCUUUUUAUUUAGAUUCAUGGAAUACUUUUACGUUCUUUAGUGAGUUAAGAAGGGAUUGUGACUAUAUAGCCAAUCGACCGACCAACACAAACGCGUCAUCAAGAUGAGCUACGAAGUGUCGGAGGGGCCAGAUCUUAUCGAUCUGGACCUGGACUUGAGCAUGGGCCAAUUCAACACGACGCAGUCGAUCGAGGACAUGAAACUGGACAAGAACAUGGUGUGGCUGCUGCUGUCGUUGCUCACCUCGAUCAUCUGGGUUGUGUACAUCACGUUCUACAAUUCGCGGCUGUUCGGUUACGUUAUCACGAAGCUUGUGAAUCGGCUGUUUGUGCGAGGGGCCUACUUCAAGAUCGGCUCGCUCAAUGUGAAUCCGCUGGCCGGGAAGAUUAUGUUUCGGGAUUUCGUUUAUGUUACGUACGAUUACACGGUUCGCGUCCAGGAUGGCUACUUCAUAUUCCGGUGGUGGCGAUCGUACGUUCCGAAGGACGUGUCGGAGGAUUUGUCCCACUCGGAUACGAGGUUGUCGAUUAUGUUGAAUGGGUUCGAGCUGCAUGUUUACAACCGGUCUGAUUUGUAUGCGAAGCUGGAACGGACAUUUGGGCUGAAGCCUUCGGUUCUGAUCCCGACGGAAAACAUGAGUGCCGAGGAGAUCGCGCGAUUCAAGGAGCAGGCGAUGAACUAUGAGAAUCAGCGACAAAGCAACGAGCAGCACACGAAAUUGAAGAAGCCGCGGCCGGAAGCCAUGACCGCUACAACCUGGCGAGAUUUGAUACCGGUGAUCAAGAUUGACAUCUGUUCCGGAAGGUUCGUGUUCGGGAAUCGACUUACCCCGACGACGCUGUCGAUUUGUGUGGAGGAAGCUCACUGUGUCUACAGUACUAAACCAGCAGUGUCCAAGUUGGACCACUUCAUGCACUUUGUCAAGGCAAAGGUGGAGAAUGCGAAGGUUCUGCUCGCUCCAAGUCCAAAAUACACCGGAUUGGUUGACGAACCUCCUAGGUACAUGGGUGAGGGAUUUGUAGUAAUGAUGUCCAACAACAUGGAGCUGUAUUUCUACAUGGAUGAAGCUGGUUUUGUUCCAGAAGAACCGGUGACAUUGACACUUGCUAAUGGAGACGUAGUUGAAGCAUCACCUCCCGUUUGGGGAAUCGACAUCAAGUGUGGCAAAGGCACCGACUUCAGCUAUGGACCUUGGGCAGACCGUCAGAGGGACAAUCUGUUCAAGUUUUUCUUCCCUCCAGACUAUCAAGCCAUGCAGGUCACAAAGCCACCAAAACCCGGCGAUCGCCGGGAAAUGCAAUCCUUCGACGUCAAUUUGUGCACUCUCAAUGAAGCGACAAUCGACAUCCUGUUCUCGAAGAACAAGGAAACAAACGCCGUUCACGUAAACAUUGGCGCCGGAUCUUGCCUGGAGGUCACACUUCCUUGGAUAACGCUACAAGAUGGCUUUACAACCAAAGUCACCGGGCAGCUACUGCACGUCGAAGCAACGACCAGUCUUCAAUACCGCAGUCUGGCUGAAUGCGAGACGCUUCAGUUCAACGUCAAAGUUCACUAUCCAGUUCGCUGGAAUGAUCACCAGGAGUGGACCAUAAACCUGACUGGCACCAAAGCGACCGCCUACAUCGUAUACUCCCACAAAUACUUCUUCACGGAUCUGAUCGACGAUUGGGCCUCGAAAGCCCGUCCCGACAUCCUCAGUUUCGUUCCUUACACCUGGAAGUUUGGAGUCAUCCUGCAGGAGUUCGAAAUCAUCACGCUGAGCAACGAAUUCAACUGGAUCGACUGCUCGAGCACCAACCAAGAAAACCAUCACCUCGCCUUCUGCGGCGAUCUCUUCGAUCUCAGUUUCACCCUCCCCUUCGACGACUUUCUUCCCCUAAAGAUCCCCAUCGUCUUUUGGAUCCACGGCGAAGGCCUCGAUCUCAGCAUGUAUCUCCCGGAGCAGUCUAGCACCAAACCGAUCCUCGUCGCUCUGGAUAAACAUGCCCGCAUUCUAACCCGCGACGGCAACGUCAAGAAGCGCACCGACCUUCUAGGCAAAAAAUGGCGCAAAGUGUGUCAGAGAUCCGCCGGAUGGAUCGACUGCUGGAGCGUUCCCAUCGUGGCGCUCUCCAUCAAGUACCUCUAUCAUCCGAUGCCACCGCUAGGGCCGGACCCGCAGGCAGACAUCACCACACCGGAGAAGGAGGAGAUUCUUCUUAGCCCGAUGCGGAUACCCAAGAUGCGAAAAUCGCCGGCCAUCACGUGGAACGACGCCGGACAACCGCGGUUCGACCCGACCAGUUUGCCACCGGAUCAGGUUUCGGUUGACGUUGAGAUUGGAUCCUCCGUAAUGCUCGCAUACGGUGCUAUUCUGAGGAAUUUUAUUCAUCUGAAGGAAAACAUCUUCGGCGAGGAUCAAUCCUUCACGGACAUGGAAAACUCAAAUUCCAAAUCAAGUACGGCCGGUCGCAGCGGAACCACUGCCAAAUCGACAAGCUCCAAGGACGAUCCGAACAAAUCGGUUUCGGAGACGAGCUGUAACGCUGACGAGAAACCGAAACGUUUCGAUCCUCGGCUGUACCGACCGCUGGAGGUAAUAGUGAAUGUUACAAUACACGAUCUGCAGGCGCACGUGAUUAAAAAUUGCAACGAAAACGAUCCCCCAUGUCCGGUGGUUCUGAUCGAGAGACUAGGGUUUGAGAUGAAGAAACGGUUCCACGAAACGGAACUCCAGGUUCUAGUGAGUCCAUCGUUUCUGAUUUCAUCGGACAAUUCGAUAAGACCAUCGAAGGAUAAGCAUCUGAAGCAAGGACACUUACUGCUGUCCGCUGUGCAGGUUCGAGGGCAUGCCAUGUUCAGCAACGAAGGUCGUCAGCUAGAUGAAGAGACUCUGGAAUAUGCUUGGCUGCUGGAGGUCCAACUUGGAAAGCUAUCCGGUAAAAUGACCUUGCCUCAGUUGUGUAAUGUGGUAACGGGUUUGGAGACCUUGGCCUUCCUCACCAUGGAUUCGGAAAACGAACUCAAAUCGCCGAAAACAAUUCGAUAUUGCCAUCAUGGGAUCCCUACCAACGUGUGCCCCCAUACCAAGGAAGAUGCCAAAUAUCGCUGCCCUUCGACCGAGGAUAUCAAGUAUCGAAUGACCCGAGUGGCCAUCGACGCGGUAGAUUUCUAUCUCAUCGAAAACGGCACAGCAAUGCACACAUGGAUCUCCCCCAUCCGAAUUGCCACCUGCAACCUCCACGGCCAGCAGGUAAAAUCUGGCGUCACGGGAUUAAUCCCGACCAUUCUCUUGCGACAGUUUGUCUCAACCGGCGGCCACUUCAGCCACAGCAACGGAAACUCCCACAGUAACACCAACACAACUGGGAGCAACCGAUCGGCCAAGAUCCGUCACCAAAACUCCCUAAAGCAUGAAUCAGACCCGAAGGAUGACACGAACCCGCUCUACAAACGGGCCGACGACCCGCCCAGCACCAAACCGAAACCAAAGAUGUCCGAAUCGCACCAGCAACAGCAAAUGCCAUCGUACCACGGCCACCGGCGCGACUCCAAAGAGGACCAGUAUGGGUCGCUGCCGAACCGGAGGAGCCACGAAUCGGACCACUUCCGGCGCGAGAAGGAGGAAAUCUACGCCUCGAUUCACUCGACCAACCGGAACAGCCAGAAGGACAUGGACUCGACGGAACCGUGGCUCGAGGUGGGCUGCCUGUCGCUGGGGCCGAUCAUUAUCGAAGCGGCCUCAGCGCUACCCAUUCCGGAGCACUGCCUGCAUUUGGUGCAGCACAAUUACUUGAAAUUACACGACGAGCGAAACAAAAAACUGUGGUUCCUGUGGGCCAACACCAGCGAUCCGAUACGUUGUGGUUGUGUCGGCGGGUGCGCCUUCUUCGGAUCUAAUCGGAACGGAGCGCGAUUUUUUAAACCGUCUGCUCAAGAUCUCCAAGACUUCAUCAACAUUGCUCGCUAUCACAUUCACCCGAACCCCCGUGAAUAUGGCUUCGGUCAAAGUUUGCUCCACGAGGAUCAGCUGGUGUUUCACACGCCGCCCUACAGUAUGCAACCGGUGUCGCUGCAGGAGUGCUACGACUACGUUGGAAAGCCGAAUCUACGGACAACGCGCCACUGCCCGGCGGAUUCCAAAUCUCCGCUUCCGCCGAAGCACGAAGCCUUCAUGGCACCGAAGCAGUGUGAUGUGUCACCCAAUAGCACGAUGAUUCGAAGCGGCGGCAGUGGUGACAAGUCCGGAAAAUCCUCGUUGGAAAGGGUGAAGGAAAAGGAUUGCGGCGGGUCGCCACUUAGUGCCGAUCGAAGCAGGGGAAGACGUUUCUCGUACACCAGUGGAAGACAAAACACCAUAUCCCAUGACGUUCCAUACUAUCGUUUGCUCGAGUCCAGUCCGAAAACGAACAAUCCUAAAAUAUGUACCUCCAUGCGACAGGAUUCGGAGUCCCGUCUGCUCACGCCAAAGGCCAUCAAAGUGCAGGCGCCGAAAACAAGCGCUUCCGAUUCGCGUCUCACAAUGGAGUACUUCCAGGGAGACGACACGGUCAGUGUUUCGGAGGAACCCACGGAACUGUCCCACUCGGCACCUCAGCCGCACCCACUGGAGUCAGACUCAGAACAUUCGUUGAGUCCCAAAGUGCCGCCGGAGGAAGUCAUCAUACGAGAUGUCCAACGGACGGUAUCGCUAACAUCGGAGAAUCCUUCGGAGGCGUUCUUUUCCGCCGACGAAGACCUGCACGCUUCACGCAGUUCCAGCCUGAAGGCUACUGACCUUUCGACGGUUAUUCCAAAGAAGCGGUUUGCUUCCGAUCUCAGCAUCGUAGGGCCUAACGAAAUGGAAGGGAAGCUUUCGACACAUCGUAGUGACUACGAGAUUCACACCCCCGAGCAUCGCAGCCUUCCGAUGAGGCCUCAAUCAACGGCAGAGCUGAACGACGAGGAACGUCGGAUUCACGGGCUCGCUACACCUCUGCGCAAGUUCAGUAAUAUCUCCCCAAGGCCCGAGUUCCGGCAUUUCAAACCGGUUUACGACGUGGACCCUCAUGAUUCGUCUGAAUCGCAUUCGCUCUCUUCGAGUUCAUUCAUCUCGGCUCUUUCCUCGCAAGAGGAUAUCACCCUGGUCAACCUGCACAUGCAAAUCAACCGGCCGAUUGUCGAUUCGCCGCUGCUAAUGGCCAGCUACGUCACCCAUCUGGCGCAGGUUCGAUGCUCCAACUGGUCGCACUGUUCGCUUCCCAUGGGAGCGGAUGCCUUCUCGAUGCCUCUGUUCCAGCAGAACGAAGACGGCGGGCUGGUUUACAUCGGGGGUCGACUGGUUCCGCACUUUGACAACUAUUCCCACUGGCGGGAGGUGAAAGUGAUUUCCCGAUAUGACGGGUGCAGUCAACAGCAGUCAUCGACAUCCGGUGGAAUGUCCACAUUGCCCAAACCGCAUCCGUGGGAUCCCAGCGUUAUGGUACGCGGUAGCUUCGAGAAACAAGAACACAAAGAACACGAAAAUGAGUUCCUAAGCUCGCAAGGGGAGACAGCUACUCGGAAUUCGGUGGUGAUUCGGUUCAAAGGACAGGUGGAUGUGAUGCUGACGCCGCUGCUUCUGGAAGGUCUUCAAAGAAUGAUCGAAUCGUUGAUCCCAACGUUGUCUACCCUGCAUCCGCUUACGAUCAUAAACGAUGUCCAUGCAUCCUGCGUACGCAAGGUUGAAGCCGUCAACAUCCUAAAACGUGACCAAUCAUUGAGCUAUUGGUCACAAGUUCACUCGAACUCCAAACGUUCCACAGCCGAGCGUAACCUCCAAGGACCGGGAGGCCCCGUUCUCACCGAUGUAUACGAAGAAAGUAUUUCAACCCAGUUGCAGGGUUUGGUUGUGCUGCCUAAGGUCAACGUGACUUUGAUUCAGAGUUCUGUGAUCGAGGAAGUAAUAUCAUUUGCUGCGUUGGAUAAUGUACAGGAACUUAGCUGUGCGUCAUUGCUGGCCGUUUGCUUCGAAGGAGUAUCCACUAGAUUUCAUUUGGGAAAAACCACGAAAGCUUCAAUGCACACUGUUUAUACGCAACCUACCGUACGCACAGGAGGGCUAAAGAAAAGUGGACUGAUCCGAGGAACUCGAGCCUUGUUAGCACAUCUUUCAUCCCAGUCCCGUCCGGAUAACAUUCCAGGCGAGCCGGUGCUGCUGGAAACGUCGGAGAAGCAACUGGAAGAGCUCAUUAUUACGCUUGAUGUUGGAAAGGCACAUGCUCAAUUGAGAAGACUGAAGAAUGACCCGGUGGUCAUGACUCAAGACUCACAGAUCGUUAUUACUGCUAUUCCUGCGCACAGAAGCCGAGCAAUGUUUGAUUGCACCAAGAUUCCCGAAGAACCCACCAUAGACGGAAGUUCCGGCAUGGGGUAUAUUAUGUUUGAGUGUGGACUGGAAGGUGUUAGCGUAAAGAUUGUUAAGCGGUCACAGUUUGAGAAGUCUGAGAAUGCUGAAGAAGCCCUCAAGCCUACACCGGAACCAAACCAAACAGAAAUCAAUGAAAGUAGCAUAACCGGGAAUAAUCCGCUUAACCUGGUAACACUGCUGAACGAAGCAGGCGUAUCGGCCGAAGCUUUAGCCAAGAUAGGAAUCAAGAAGCCCUCGACUCCGAAAACAGGUACUCCAAAAGACAAGAAUUCGUCAGUUCAUGAAUCCCGAUCGCAGAAAGACAAACCAAGCGAAACCAGAUCUCCGCGUCUUGACGAACCGGACCUGGGUAAAGACAAUCUCGGUUCCAAUGGUAUCGCUGGAGAACGCUCUCUAGUCACGGCAAAGAAUGACAACGGAAAGACGUCGUCGUGCGUCAUCGAUUUCAAAACAGUUUGGUUUAAUUUUGCGGCGCCACCUAGGACGCCGAUCACGCGGAAGAUUGACUACUCCCGCUUGGAUUGGAAUUUGCUCAGCACGGCGUCGCCUGCUAUCACUGCAUGGAUGAAUCCGAGCAACCGGUUCGCCAUCAAAAUCGUUGCCAUGAUGCGGGCCAUGUACGUCCGACGGACUGCUGUGCUGGUGGCGCUGAUGGCCGACGCUUGGGAACGACAAACCGUGCAUCGGCCGUUGAAGAGUCGAUACCCGGGAAUGUUCACUCCGCUGGCGAAGACGCUUCAAGAGGAUCCAAGCUGUCUGCUGUGCACGAUGCUGCAGAAGUACGUGCUGGAGGAAACGGUGAGCAAAAUUGAGAAUGAUCUCAAGCAGCAGUACGUGCCGCAGUUGGGAACGUUGAGACAGGCCGUAAUCGUUCUCAGUCGCCAAUGGAAGAACGUUCUCUAUAAUCCGAUGCUUUUUGAGCAUCAGUACAAGGGCAAGCUGAACAAUCCCAUCAGUGUUACUUUUGCAUUGCCACAAGAUGAGGAUGCGGAAGAUACGGAUGACAUCGAUGCCGAAAACUAUCCGGUGGGUAUCAUUGAAAGUCAUCCUUUGAUGGAUGAAGAGAACGAGCGCACAAUGCUGCUGGGUCAGAGUGCCCAGGCACAUCCCCAUUCGAUGGCAGCAGCAGCCGGUUCGCAGCUGCAUCAUGUUAUCAAAAUGCCAGAGGAACCGGUACAGAUCCACGUAACUAAGCUAGGAGAUUCCCUUAACACCUCUCCCAGUACUAACAACUCGAACAAACUGCGGAAAAAGUCAUCGGUAAAGAGUUUUAUCCCUCCGGCAGCACCGUCGUCGCGAUCUAGCAUGCAAAUGUUUCCGAUCAUUUUCGACAAGCAUGAUCCCCAAAUUGAGUAUGGUGCACUGAAGGAGGGCUCGCUGCCGUCGGUGUGCAGCUCAUCGGAUUCGAUGGACAAGCCGUGGACUCCGCCGCCCAACCAGAAAGAAGAUUUAUAUUCGUGGAUGGCAAAGCAGCAGAAUGGCAACUCGAAGAACAACCACGACAAGAUGAAACAGGAGACUGCACGUCAAACAUCGAAGAACCGUCCGGAGAUUCAUUCAAUCAAGUUCAUGAACGAAAACAACCGCAUCCUUGAUGCCCAUCUCAUUUUCGAACCGAUGCUCACAUGCCUAGGAGUGAUGCCCCAGCAGAUGAUCAACAAUGUGUCCAAUACGGAUGUAUCGUCAUUGGACAGCCUGGGUACGAAUUUAUCGUUGGUCUGUUCCUUCGAUACCAUGCGUAUCGACAUCGUAGUCAGCGAAGCGGGUGACUCCAAGAAACCGAAGCCCAAAAUGACCAAGAAAGGAAACGGUAAAUUCACUCUGAUAAUGCCGACCGAGCAACCGGCUUUCCUCUGCGAACACGUCGGAGUCGAGUUGGAAUUGCUGAAAAUGACCGACGGAUUCUCCGAUGAUGCUAAACAGCACCUGCUGUACGUUUCGAGAGGCCAACUGAAGAAGCACACCAGCACGGUGAUCAAUUUCAGCCUGAACGUACGCUAUCUAUCGCAGCAAGUGAACAUGCCACUGCUACGGCUGUUACAUCAGAUCACCAACAUGUACCAGAAUGUGAAGGACGCCCAGAACGAGAUGCGCGAUCAUCCGGAACAUGGCAAGAGAAGUGCACCCCUGAAGGACGAAUCCAGUUUGGCAUCGGAAAUGAACGAUCCGACGUUGAUGGGUUCCCUGAACGAACCGCUGAUGGCGCACAUCGACAACAGUAUCUUCGAUUGCGCCGACGAACGGUACGACAAAUUCAACGAAGACAUUCCGUUCCGGCACGAGUUGCGCCAUUCGGUGAGUCGUUCGAAAAUGCCAAGCCUGGGCCCGUUGAUCCCGCUGACACCAUCGCCCAGUUCCCGCAAUCGACCGCACAGUUUUGCCCAGAAACUGCGAAGUACCGGGAAAUCCGUCAAGGGUAAGUUGGGCUACACGAAUCUGAACGAAACCAUACAGACGCCGAUCAAGGCUAGCCCAACGGCCUUGACCUUUGCCGAUGCUCUCUCGCGCACUUCGUUGGAGGCGAAGAAUUCACUGACCGGUGGAUUGUCCAGCACGUAUGGUGGGCCCAAUGUUAAUGAAGCUUUUGUAGAUAUUACCGCUCCAUUCGAUCGUUCGACAUUCACUGGACCGAUCCACAGCAUGCUCGACACACCGAAAUGCUGGAAGACGAUCUACCACCUGUUGGAUCUGUACUCUGCGAUGCCGGAAACGAAGACCAUUUCUCAUCGUGUAUCACUAUCUCCGGAUGCCGCUGGACAGUUCAAGGCUCGUAAGUAUAACAUUCUGCCCGAAACUAAGUCCUCCGCCAAUCGGGAUGAUGAUGAAGUUGGAUCGGGUACACCACUACCGAAGGAUGUCGGUAUGGUGGCGCAAGAACGUACACGGCUGGUGGUGUUUGGAGUGGCGAAAAUCCAUCGUACACGACUGCUCGCCACCUUGAGCGGACUGAAGUUGGAGGCGGAAAUAACCGCGCUUCAUUGUAGCACGACAUGGCGCAAGAAAUCCCGCCCUGCAUCGUUGGAGUGUUCGUUGACUGGUCAGGUUGGACGGGCCAUGAUUGUGCUGCUGGAGGGUGUCCCUCCCAAUCAGCAGACCGUCGUCAAAGUGACCAUCGGCAAAAGCCAAACCCUGUACUCGAGCAUAACCCGCAAAGGAAAGGACAAGAACAACGGGCUGCUCUCGAUUGGUAUCGUCAACAUCGAUAUCCCGCAGCACCCUGUAGCGUUGCACGGCAUGAUGACCCGAGGAUCCAAGCAGAUUUCCUCCACGCUACAGGAAUUACGCGUCACCAGAACUUCCGGAAGGCUAGCCCGCCAAAAUGAAGAACCCGAAUCUCCGAUGAACCAUCAACGCGAGUCCCGUGAUAAGGCGCCCACUGCCCGAAAACAAAGUACGGCAACGACGAAGGCGACUGCGGUGAAUCCAAGCGGUCUUCUGCAACCCUUGGUGAUGCAGUUCAACGUGAUCCUCCAAAGCUUGUCGGUGACGGCCGCACUUCUGCCGUCGCUACAAGCGCAGUACAAGAUGGAUCACGUGACUUCAACUGGGGUUACGGGCAGUAAGGCAAAGUUCACGGUGGACCUCCCGAAUCAUUCGCUGAGUUUCACUACAAAAGUGCAGGCCACGGAGGCCAAUUUGCCGUCGGAGGCGUGCAUUGCACUACCACCGGUGCACGUGAGCGCCGAGUAUGUGCCGGAGAGCUCGUCGGAGGAAGCCCCAAUCGACGGGGUUGUGCUACGACAGGGAGGUUAUCUGUCCGCUUCGGCUGAAAUAGGAGUGUUCGAGCGAUGUCUGUCAACUGAUCUGUUGAACCAUUUGGUGUUUGUACAGAAAGUGUUCAUGAAGGAGGUCAACGAAGUUGUUCAGAAAGUAUACGGAGGAGAAAAACCGGUGCCCAUUUGGCUGGAAGAUGGAGAAGACAACGGAGCGCAGCAUAUCAAGAGAUUGCUGUUCUCGUUGAACAUCCGUGUUAAAAGAAUACAGCUUACUGCGACUACCCCGUGCAAUUCGGCGGUCAGGUUUGAAACCGGUCAGCUAGAUCUGCACCUCUCGAAUCGUGUAAAAAAUCUAGCUGAAGGAGCAAAUACCAAACUGUUUGGUAAAGCGCAAAUCGAUCUCAACCUAUCUUUGGGUCAAAUAAUUAAAAACGUCAUAUUCGACGAAGCCGAGCCGGAAUUCCAGCAGUAUGCGUUCUUCAACACGACAAUCGGCCUUCGGAAUGCUUUCCAGGAUGAAAUGUUGAACGAAGACAAGGAACUGGUCUUGAUCACUUUGAAACGACCACUGAUCUACGUGCAACCAAUCGCUGUAGACAAAGCCAUCCUGGUUUGGCUAAACUACAAAAAUGCAUAUGAAUACUGGACAGAGAAGCGAGCCAAUCUCAACAAAGAGGUUCUGAUGGCGACUCAGCAAGUUUUCGAGAAAGUUCCGUUUGAAAAACUAAGUCAACACUUGGCCACCGCAAAUUUGUCCACACUUUUCCUUCAGCUGACGGUCGAAGACAUGGGAAUCUGUCUACCACUAAACCAACCUCCGCAGCACUGGGGCAACCGAUCGGUCAACGACUUCGAACAGAAACGGGCAGUAGUCAUCACCCUCGAAAAUACAAUUAUUUCCGCCUGCAGUUGUGGUUCCCUAGUGUCCAAGGGACGCUUCGUUGGUCUCUGUUUGCGAUUUGCCGAGGAUUUCGAUUCCUCCCUGGACGAUUGGAAGCCAAACAUGAACGACUCGAACAUCAUGAACCUCUGCGUGGUUUCAGACGGAACAUACGAAGUGUGCUCCCGAACGAUUGCAGCAAAGCACCCGGACAACGCCAAGUGGUUCCUGAACGUAAAAUGGCAAAUGGAAGGGGUAGAUAUCCACCUUGACAUCAACAUAGGAAAACAACUCUCCGCUCUGGGUCACACUUUGACCAUGCUGACCGGUUCCGAAGACGAAGAUCCCAUAUCCUCUGACACUCCGGAUAGCGAUGAUGCCGAUCAAUCGGAAGAGAAUCGAGCUUCCCAAGAGUAUCCCGGUGGAAAGGGUCGCAAAUCAAUUGAUUCGUUGCCGCCGUUCUUAUUCGACACGACGCUCGAUCCCAAGAAGCGGUCGCUUUUGAUGGAAAAUGAGAUCGCUGAACAGACGAAGACGGUGAACGACCUUCGAUCGCUUGGUGCUUCGUCGAAAACGAUCGAGAACGAGGAAAGGCGGCUGCAGGGACUGCAAGCGAUAUGCUACAAGUACUUCCGACGCGAUAUGCUUCAGAAAUGGAAAAGACCAUCCUUCAAGAAAACCAUGCUGAAAUCCACGAACCGUUCUCGGUCCUUUAUAGCUCCAUCCCCUACCCGGGAAGAUCUCAUAGAGCAAGGCGAAUGCUCCACAGCCACCAUAGAAAUAGCCAGUAACGACGGUUUGCUGAACAGUUUACAGGAAUCCCCCAACCCGGGACCAUCACGAACCGCUUCGUUGAAGGUCAAAAUUCCCAGUCAAACCAAUCGAGUGACAUUUACCGAAGCCAUGCGCCAGUCCUCGCUCCCGAGUGCCGACUCCGAAACGGGAUAUUCCGAUUCCGGGUUCGAUUGGCCGCGGUGCGAUGGAUCUUCGUUGACGACCUUGGACACCCCGGACCUGCUUGAGAUUGACGGAGAACAGGUUGAGCUGCGAAAGAAGAGUCCAAACCAUCCGCAGAAGCAACAGGAACCGAACAUUGACUUUGAGCUGGACAUUAAGGUACUGGUAAAAUCUGGAAAGUGUGUCCUGCACACAAAGGACGUCACGGAUGAGAAAAUGUCCACAAGUGUGAGUACAACCAUAAAGCAUCACAAACGAGAGAGAAGCAUUGGUACCGAUUGGGGCAGUCCGAUUCCUCCGAGGAGAAGCAAGGAGAAAGCCAGGUUGAAGUAUUCGCCGCACACGGCUCUCGUGGACCUGACCAUAUUCCACAUUCCGGGUCUGGAUGUCAAAUUGCAGUAUCAGUCGCGUAUAAUCGAUGACGACGCUUCACCCAGACUGAGCACAGGAGAUCCUUUCGGAGCUACUCGGAGCAGGCACGGUUUGAAGCGAGCAACCCUGUUCGCUUGGAUGACACUGCAGAGCAUUCCGGAAGAGACCAUAAUUUCUCCGCAUAUCCUAGAGUUCCUGGAACAAACACUCGAACCGAUUCCAUCAAAAACGAUCUCAGUCCCAUCGAAUCCGGUUAACUUGCAAAUGUUGGAGAAUAACUAUGCCGUGUAUGCCAGCUUCCCCGUCGAUGUGGUCGUCUACUUCCACAUGCAACCGUCGACAUUCCGCUUCUCCUGUUUACCGGUGUCGCGAGUGGAAUGCAUGUUGCAACUACCCAGUCUGGAUAUUAUAUUCAGCUCAAAUCGGCAGGAUGAUGUACCUUCAAAUAUCGGGUUGAGCGAAAGUGAUGCAAAAACGGCAGGUGGUUUGAGUGUCACCGGGUGUCUGGCGGAUUUCAACGUCUACAUAUUCCACCCUUAUGGAGGCAAGAAAACCAACCUCAAAGAAUCGAAUCAAUUUAGCCCACUGGCGGACAGUGAACGAAAGGAUUCGCUUAGCAUAAAUGUGGAAUUCGUCAAGUUUCACAUCACGCGGUCGAAGAAGAUCAAUUACGAAACCGGUAUCAGUCGGAAAAUGUCCGACCAAUCCAAGGCCGUGAUUCGAUUCUCGACCAUUGUGGACAUUGGUUCGGCUUCGUUCAAGUACGACAUGCGCCGGCUGACGGAGAUUUUGGCCUUCCCCAAGGCUUGGUAUCGGCGAAGUAUUGUACGAAGGAUGUUCUUGGGCGACUUGAGCAUACCGCAGGUCAGUAUGUGUGAUUUGGAAAGCGUUUCGGGCGGAAGUAGUAUGAGAGCUGGUGGAACUGAUACAGAACUGCCACCGGAUCAUCCGGAGACGUUGAGUCGGGACAAACUGAAGUUGAGCUUGGAGGAUGACUUGCCGAAGCAUAGCUUGGGAAGUACCAGUUCGACUUGUACGACGGCGAAAUUGAAAGACCGGAAGUCGUCCAGCAUGGAUUCGAACACAUCGCCGUCGGAUGUGAACCAGGUUACGUCGUGGGAAACGUUGGUGCUAUUUGCUGUUAAUUUUACUAAGUUGAACGUUCAGAUGAACAUGGGAAAUGUGAUGGGUAACAUUGUCUGGCUAACGAAGGCUUUCCGAAGUGAUGGAAGGUUGAGCAUUGGUAGUACAGGUCACAAGAAUAUGUAUAUUGGGGUGGGAUUAGGAGGAUCGUCGCUGGAUGCGAAAGGAGGUAUCGUUGGUGGAACGAUCGAACUGAGUAAGAUUGACACUUUCAUUCAUAUUCGAGAAGAUCCAGGUUGUGAACCUGAUCAUAAGGUCGGCAUCAAGCUACUUGCAUUGGAGCUGAAAUUUGACUACAUGGGAACGAGCGUUCUGAUGACCCGGAUUAGUUCCCUGAGUGCUCAACUUAGAGAUGAAUGGAAGUUUUCGAAGGACCAUGACUUUAGUAAUACUCUGCCUACUAACUAUCCGGCUAUAAUUUUGAUCCACGGUGAUCUAUCCUGGGAUCAGUUACAAAUGAUGAUCUCCAAGUCCACUACUGCGGAUAUCCUGAAGAUGUUCUACAAGCUGGAGGAGUUCUUCUCGCAGCAGUUCAAAUCAUCCAAACGAGUUUUCUCGAAUCUCGAACCCCGCCUCACUGUUAACAAUCGAUCCAGUGUUCGGCGCAAGGAGUCCACCAAAAAGAAUCUGUCCGUGCCUCAGACGGCAGCUGAACGAGAACUAAGUCACCAUGAUGCCCGUCACCACCGCCACUGGCAACGGCCCCUCAAGCAAACCAAGGGUCUCUGGUUGUCCACCCUUGGCGUUCCUCUAUCUAACAUUGGAACCGUCCUCGGGGGCACCAUGGAACUCCACGGGAAAAAUAUCUCCCUUGCUUGCUUCCACGGUAUCAACUUCAAGUCCAAGUCCUGGGCCCUAUUCAGCCUGAAGGAACCGUGUAUCAACUUCGCUACCGAGGCACAACACGUUGAAUGUUCCGAGGAGGUGCACGUCAUCCAGACGUUGACGUUUGGGCUGGGUAUGAACUCGCAGCAACCGUCGCAGCAUCACUCUAAUGCCACCGUGGUCCGGAUGUCGAGGAACGUCAUUUUCCCACCGCAGUUCAAGACGCUGCACGAGUGGUUCCAUUACGCUUUCGCCAACAGUGAAAUUGAUGCGGUCGAUCGAUUUCCGGUACUAGAACGUGACAAGGAACACCACACAAACUCGAUCGAACGUGCUCGCGGUGGUGGAGGAGCGUCGACUCAUCCCAAGCUUCAAGAUCCGAAUCACAACCGGGAGGUGAUAUUUGCCCUGCCAAGUCUCCAGUUGCAUUUUAAGACUGAACAUCUGCAGGGAAUUAGCACCCCGGAAGCGGCCCAAGAAAAACCUGUGGUCGAAUGCAGUUUCAUCACCGAGUUUGAGGAUCACAUUUUCGUUACCGUUGAUGCGGAUGCAUUUUUCUUCCUUCAUGAUUUGAUUACAUCCUAUUUGAAGGAGAAGGAGAAAGUGUUGGGCACGAUAACCAGUGCGCGAGCUGCAUCACCCAAUCCACAUUCGGCCACUCCAUCCCCAUCGCCCACUCCAGAAAGCCACUCAUCAUCACUGAAACCGGUGAAAAGUGCUUGCCAGCUAGGAGCUUCUUCGAUGCACGAUCUCUCGUCAUCCAGUGCGUCGGUUGCCAACGGGAGUGCGGUCAAUCUGACCGAUCUUGGUGCUUCGGGUUCGAACGGCAAUCGAACCACCCCGGAGGAGAAACAAUCCAACCCGAAAAACAUUCAUAUCAAAGUGGAUAAGGCUGACGUUGAACUGCCAAUCCGGACCGAUUGGCGACACUUCAAUUGCAAAACAUGGCAUCUGGAACCAACUGUUAGACUGUUGUCUUGGGCAGGUAAAUCUAUCGAACCGUACGGAAUAGAUUACAUUCUAAAUAAGUUGGGAUUCAGUCACGCGCGAACCACCAUACCGAAAUGGCUCCAGCGCGGCGUGUUGGAUCCCUUGGAUAAGGUUGAGGCUAUGUUAAUGUUACAACUAUUGCUCAUGGCGAGGGAAAACGACUCGGAGGACAAGGAUCAGGAAAAGUAGGGGCUCCGUUGCGUUCCGGGCGCGGUAAGACUUUAAAUCUAUUCUCAUAUACAACAAAAGAGUUACACAAUGAUAAUCAUAUGACAAACACAAAAUAACUGAAACAAUGCAAUUGAUGCGCCACCCACAUGGUAAUCAGCAUAGGAAAAUAAUUAUUCAGUGGUUCAACUUUCCUAGUCCUUGCUUAAAGCAGCAUCGCAACAUGUAGUGCAGAUGCAUAAAUAUGAAUACUUACACAGCUUUUUGUGUACUCCAAGUAAUCUAAAUGUAACCACAAAUAAACAUUAUCCUCCAUGUUCGAAUAAAGCAAUAGUCAUCAAUGCAUGCAA